AUGCGCUACAAAGAGGCGCGCAACUACAAGAAAAGCCUCGUCAAGGUCACGCUUACCCAAGCCCACCGGCGAAGGGUACAGCAGAUCAUUGAGAAAGGCCCUCACGGCAUGUGGCACCUCGCCAAAUGCGCGUGCAACCGGGAUGGAGCAUACGAGUGUGACAUCACUCCAUCACUGAAACAAACGGACGGGCCAUUCGCAGAAACAGUCGAUGAGAAGGCAUUAGCUUUCCAAGCAGCAUUCUCAUGA